AAAAAAUCUGUUGAAUGUUGAUGUUAAACCCCUUCUUUUGUCUCCUUUCUCCCUCCAUCAAUAGACGAUUCGCUUCCCAAAUCAUCCGCAGUUCCGCACCCUGGUGUCUCCUCGUUCUCUUCCGCCCGGCAAAGCAAUUUCGCCGCACAUAAAAGCCCUACACGAGUAAGUCUAGCGAGGCACUGCAGCUCGAAAACAUUGCACCCGUAGGGAGCAUCGCACAUAGUUGUGCUGUUAGCCUAAUAUUGUCAUGACCGACUCAAGGUCUGAAAGGAGUCAUGAAAUGAGAGAUGGGGAGAAAGAGGACAAGGAAGUGUUGAAAGAUCGGCUGCUCACUAGAGAAAGAAGGAAGGGAGACAGAGAUGAUCCAGAAAAGGAAAAUACAAAAGACAGGGUUCGAGAAAAAGAUAAUGACAGAGACAGGCACAAAGACAAAGAGAGAGAUAGAGGAAGAGAGAAAGAUCGUAGGCAUCAUGAAAAGGACAAAGACAAGGACAAGGAGAGGAUGAAAGAUAGAGAAAAAGACAAAAGCAGGGACAAAGACAAGGAUAGAGAUAGGGACAAGGAGAGGGUGAAGGAUAGAGAAAGAGAAAAGGAGAAGGAUAGAGAGAAACAGAGAGAAAGGGAAAGCGGAAGGGAUUAUGAUAGAGUGAGAAGUAAAGACGCAAAUGAAAAAGAAAAAGGAAAACAUAGAGCUAGGGAUCAUGAAAGGCAGAAGUCUAGAGACAUAGAUGGAAGCAUUCGGAAACUACACGAUGAAGAUCGUAAUAAGAGGAUGGAUAUGGGAAAAGAUGAGGUGUCAAGGUUCAAUGGUAAAGAUGGUGAUGAUGGGGACUUCUCUGAACAUGAUAAGGCAGCCCUAGCUGAUGAUCAUAAUAUCAGGAUGUCUUUUAUGAGGGAUGGACCUGUUGGAUCGCAAGCUUCUGUUUCAGAACUGGAGGAGCGCAUUUUGAAGAUGAAGGAAGAGAGGUUAAAGAAAAAACCAGAAGGUGUCUCUGAGGUUUUAGGAUGGGUUAAUAAGAGUCGCAAGAUCGAGGAGAAAAAGAAGGCUGAAAAGGCUAAAGCCUUGCAGCUCUCUAAGAUGUUCGAAGAGCAGGAUAAAAUUGAUCAAGAUGACGACGUUGAAGAAACAAACCAUCGAUCUGCUGAUGAGCUGGGCGGGGCAAAGGUUCUUCAUGGGCUUGACAAAGUGCUUGCAGGGGGUUCAGUUAUCUUAACACUCAAAGAUCAGAGCAUACUUUCUGGUGAUGACAUAAAUCAAGAGGUUGAUAUGCUUGAAAAUGUCGAAAUUGGAGAGCAGAAGCGGAGGGAUGAUGCAUAUAAGGCUGGAAAGAAGAAAACAGGAAUAUAUGAUCAGAUUGAUGAGUCUGGUUCUGAAAAGAAAAUGCUUCCCCAAUAUGACGAUCCGAUGGAGGAAGAGAGCGUGGCUCUUGAUGAGACUGGACGUUUCAGUGGUGAUGCAGCAAAGAAACUGGAAGAGCUCCGGAGAAGAAUUCAGGGGGUUACCACAAAAAGCUAUGCUGAAGAUCUUAAUUCUUCUAGCAGAGUAUUGACAGAUUAUUAUACUCAUGAAGAAAUGCUUCAAUUUAAGAAGCCCAAGAAAAAGAAAUCACUAAGAAAGAAAGAGAAGCUGGACAUAAAUGCCCUUGAAGCAGAGGCUAUUUCUACUGGAUUGGGUUCCGCGGAUCUUGGUUCUCGGAAUGACAAGACAAGGCAACACCUGAAGGAGGAGGAUGAGAGAGCAGAGGCUGAUAAGCGAGACAAGGCAUACAAGUUUGCAUAUGAAAAGGCUCAAGAAGCAUCUAAAGCACUUCGACCUGAGUACAAUGUUACUUCUAAGGAAGAGGAAGAUGAUGAUAUUGUGUUUGAUGAUGAUGAUGAGGAGCUUAGAAAAUCAUUGGAAAGGGCAAGAAAAUUAGCUCUGAGAACUCAAGAGGAGGCUGUUAAAUCUGUACCAGAGACCAUUGCUCUGCUUGCUUCCACUUUGAAUGAAAACAAUUCUACUGUAGAUAAUAAUAACCAUGACUCUGCAUCUGGGGACUUGCAAGAGAAUAAGGUUGUCUUCACAGAAAUGGAAGAGUUUGUUUGGGGCCUUCAGCUUGAUGAAGAUUCAAAUAAACCUGGUGAUGAGGAUGUUUUCAUGGAAGAAGAUGUUAUACCCAAUUCUCUGGACAAAGCAUCUAUAGCUGAGGACGGUGGCUGGUCUGAGGUGAAAGAAGUCACAGAAAAAGAAACAGACUUACAGAAAGAGGAUGAAGAGAAGACAGUUCCAGAUGACACAAUACACGAAGCCGCUGUCGGGAAGGGGUUAUCUGGAGCUCUCAAACUCCUAAAAGAUCGAGGAUCACUCAAGGAAACAAUCGAAUGGGGUGGUCGAAACAUGGACAAGAAGAAAAGUAAGCUUGCCGGUAUUAUUGAUGAGGAGGGGCCUAAAGAGAUACACAUUGAAAGGACUGAUGAGUAUGGUCGAAUUUUAACUCCAAAAGAGGCAUUUCGACAGUUGUCCCAUAAAUUUCAUGGAAAGGGACCUGGCAAAUCAAAACAAGAAAAACGCAUGCGACAAUAUCUAGAGGAGCUAAAGAUUAAACAAAUGAAAAAUUCAGACACACCAUCGCAGUCGGUGGAGAGAAUGAGGGAAGCUCAAGAAAAGCUAAAGACACCUUAUUUGGUCCUAAGUGGAAAUGUUAAACCCGGGCAAACUAGUGAUCCCAGAAGUGGUUUUGCAACUGUUGAGAAGGACUUUCCUGGAAGUUUAACACCCAUGCUUGGUGAUAAAAAGGUUGAACACUUUUUGGGCAUAAAGAGGAAACCUGAGCUGGGCGGGGACUCUGCCUUGCAAAAGAAACCCAGAAACUGAUUGGCUAGUGUUUGUAAUGUACUCCGUGUUAAAGGUUGGUUAGAAGCAACUGGUGCUAAACUCUACAUUCUCAAGUUUAAAGUCGUCCUCAAUCUUGUCUCUAAGCUCAAUUUUAGAUUUUGUAUGUGUUGGACGAGUUUCACUUACCUUGCUUUGAAUAUGUUGGUGGAUGCUUUGGUCUUUCAUUUUCUAUACUUUUGCAUUUGCAAAAUAUACCUUUGAAGUCUUUGCUAACCAAUAUCUGCUGACCAGCAGCUACUUCAUUUUUAUUUUUUAUGUUCUCUGAGUGACUUAUUUUAUUAAUUUGGUUCUACUUAUAUAAUUCCUUGA